AUGGCUACGUCUAAACGUAUAAUAAUCAACUCAAUUGUUGUGCUGAGAAUACUUACUCUAUCGGCGUGCGCAGCUGCAGGUGCGCUUAUUGUUACCAACAACUUCAAACUUGAUGGUGACAAAACCAAAUUCAGUGACAUUAGAGGCUACAGGUAUGUGUUAGCAGCGGCAGCAGGGGGAGUGCUGUAUUCAUUAAUUCAGUUGCCUUUCGCGUUGUAUCAAGCCGUUAAAGGGAAGAGGUUGAUCAAUGGCCAGUUUCUCCCUAUGUUUGAUUUUUACGGAGAUAAGGUGAUAGCAUUUUUCUUGGCAAGUGGAGUUGGCGUGGGAUUUGGUGUGAGUAUUGAACUCAAACUAUUGAUAGACCAAUUAUUGGAUGUCUUGGAUGAAUUUGGGGACAAAGCCAAAAAAUUUGUAGACAGAGGAACUAUUGCCAGUGGAGUACUCCUUGUUGGUUUUGUUACCAUGGCUAUACUUACCAUUCUUACUUCUGCCAACCGCAAUGGAAGAGCCUUUUAA